AUGAACCUGGCGCACGACUUCAUAGCUAUGAUCUGCCUGCUGUUCCUCAAACUGCCACAGUUUGAGAUGGUCAGUGGGAAAGUCUUAGAGGAGACUUAUCGGAAAUGGGUCCAGUAUAAAGAUAGCUGUGUCGAGAUGAUUGAAAAUGAGCCGCUGCCUCAAGGCUUGUUCUGUAACAGGACGUUUGACAGAUAUGCCUGCUGGCCUGAUACUCCUGCUGGAUUUAUGGUCAACAUCUCAUGUCCCUUCUACCUGCCCUGGUACGACAAAGUGUCCCAGGGUGUUGUGCGUAGGCGAUGUGGGUCUGAUGGCCUCUGGGAAAGAGAGCAGAGCGGGCAGGUGUGGAGAGACAUGACCCAGUGUGAGGAGGAAAAAGAGGUCACAUCCCAGGAGUUGUGGUUCAAACAGCUGAUGGUGACCUUCAGGAUGUUGUACACUGUUGGCUAUUCCUUGUCCCUGACCACCCUAAUAACGGCUCUUAUCAUUCUUCUGAGCUUCAGGAAGCUGCAUUGCACCAGAAACUACAUUCAUGCUAACCUCUUCCUGUCCUUCAUCCUGCGAGCUGUGGCUGUCAUAGUUAAGGACAAUAUGUUGGAACGCCACUGGGGAAAAGAAAUCAUGAAACAGACCGAUGUGAGUGAGAUGCUCAGUCAUCAGGCUGCUAUUGGCUGCAGGAUAGCACAGGUGAUAAUGCAGUACUGCGUGCUGGCCAACCACUACUGGUUCUUUGGAGAGGCAAUUUAUUUGUACUCAGUGCUCAUUGCGUCAGUGUUCAUUGACAACAACAAAUACCUACCUUACAUCUGUCUCGGCUGGGGAACUCCACUUCUAUUUGUGGUUCCCUGGGUGGUGGUGAAGACCCUGAAAGAAAAUAAGGAGUGUUGGGCCGUCAAUGAAAACAUGAGCUACUGGUGGAUCAUUCGUUUUCCAGUUCUUUUUGCUUCACUAAUCAAUUUUCUGAUUUUCAUGAAGAUCCUGAAAGUAAUAUUUUCCAAAUUACGAGCCAACAACCAGAGUCGAUACCCCGAUUAUAAACUUCGGCUGGCCAAGGCCACUCUUACCCUCAUUCCUCUGUUUGGGAUUCAUGAGGUCAUUUUCAUUUUCGCCACAGACGAGCAGACAACAGGCAUUCUGCGCUACAUCAAAGUGUUCUUCACCCUGUUCAUCAGUUCAUUUCAGGGCUUUCUAGUGGCUGUACUCUACUGCUAUGCUAAUAAAGAGGUGCAGACAGAGCUGAAGAGGAAGCUCCGCAGCUGGAGAACAGAGACAGAGAUUGUAUGCUGUGGACCAUGA